CAGUGAUCACGUGCUAUAUCUACAACGAUUCGCUGAAGUUGGAGAAAAGUUUGACAAGCCUGAAGAUCUUCGAGAGAAAGAGAGAGAAAGAGAGAGCUGCUAAACAUCGAGUAAAAAAGGCUCAUCAACGAUACUAAAAGGUUAUUGAUCUCCUGACACACUAUGGAAUCUGUCGCCCAGAAAGUGAUGUCUGGGCGGUUCACUCUUGACUUUGGACCUCUGAAAGAACCGUUGGCAUUCAUCCGCUUGCUGGAAUGGGUGUUCUCCAUAUUUGCCUUUGCCACAACUGGAGGUUACAGCGGCACCACCAGCAUCAACGUCCAGUGCCUUGGGAGUGCCAGUGAAGAAAUAAAGGCAAACUUUAACUACCCAUUCAGGUUGAUGCAGCAUCCCUAUUAUGUUCCUGACUGCAAAAUCAACCAAACUACCACUACUGUAAACUUCCUGACUGGAGACCACACAUCCUCUGCACAGUUUUACGUCUGCAUUGGAGUGUUGGCCUUUCUCUACACCACUGCCACACUAGUCCUCUACUUGGGCUACCAGCACAUAUAUAGAGAAUCUAGUCGUGGCCCCACUGUGGACCUGUUGCUGACUGCCGCCUUGACCUUCCUGUGGUUGGCAUCAUCCUCUGCUUGGGCUAAAGGCUUGACUGACGUGAAGUGGGCCACCAGUCCUGCAAUCAUUGUAACUUUAGUUGAGGUGUGCAGGGAUAAAAUGAACCUGUGCACCCCAGGUGCUGUGCCUCACAUGGGCCGACUGAACGCCUCUGUGAUUUUUGGUUUUCUCAACCUCAUCGUGUGGGGCGGCAACUGCUGGUUCAUUUACAAGGAAACACCUUUUCACAAGUCAGCCAACCCGCCUGCAGAGGUGCAGGAGGGAGUCGGGCCAUCGUAACCGCGCAGCUGCCUUGUCACAAAAUUGAACGAGUCGUUUUGGUACUAAUUGUUAAAAUGCUGUACGUUUCCAAAUCUGACUGCUCCUUUCUUUUUUUUUUUUGCUAAGUAUUCAUUUUAUAAUUAGGGCUGUAUUGUCUCGAAUACACUUAAAAAAAUAAACUAGAACUUGUUGUUCAUAGUCAAACUAAUACAGGAAAUUGUAGCAGUCAAAAUGUUUUUUUCAGAGAUUCUCAGUUUGCAUGUUUUAAAACAUUUGUCCCCAGGUAUCCAAAGCAAAGUGCCCCUUAUUUAAAAUGGUAGUGCAGAUGUGGACUGUGCAUCCUUGUUGGUGAUAAAUCAGAAUAAAGCAUCACUUUGUCAACUGCCAACAGCAUUUCUGUACCAUCAGCAUUUAAAAAAAACAAAAAAAACUCAGGGCUGUUGAGUGUACGAAAUACAAAAUAGCUAAGAAAUACUUGAAGUGCAUUUAUAAUUAACACAGGUCUAGACAGAAUCAAAUUUUAGCCCAAAAAUACAAUAGGCAUCAAAACAUGUAGUUACAAUGAAUUCAUGUUGAAUAGAUGUUCUUUGGACCAUUAAUCCAGUUGCCAUUAUGAGAUUAUUUUUAAUGGGUGAAAGCAGUUUAAUUGCAUCUUUUUGUGUAAUGUUGCACCUCAUCUUACUACAGAAGGCUUAAUUCCGCAGUUAAUUAAGUAUUUUUGACUGACAGCAUUUUUGCUCUUUAGGAUUUUUUUUUACAUUUAACUCUUACAUUUAUUACGCAGCAUUUUGUAUCUUUUCCCUGGAUGUUUAUAAUGUUUUAUAGCAAGGUCAUACAGUAUUUCAAAGCUAAUGUUCUAUGUAUUCUAUAGCCUUAGCUUAGUGUUGGUAACAAUUUACUGAUCGCUAACUAGAAACUAACAGUUUUUCAUGCUAUUACCUGGCUUCCACCUUAUUGUAAGAUGAGCCGUUUACUCUAUUACUGUCUUCAUAAUGAUUUCCUGCUUUGAUAGCUUUGCUUGAUUCACAGUUUCUUGAUCCGCAACUGUGUUUGUAAGUGUCACAUAGAGGAGACACUUACAAAGUUCCUGUUCCUGGAGUUCCUGUUCAUGUCAGGAAGAAGUUGUCAUGAAAUGCUGUGCAUCAUUAAAAGGAUGAACUGAA